GGGAUAAAGAAGCAAAAAGCAAAUAUGACAGUCGCGAUUACGACAUUCGCUGUAAGGUUAUGAGACUUUCGUAUGAAGACUCGUGUGGUCUUCAUCUACCACACUCGUCUUCAUAAGAAUGCCCCAUAAACCUUACGCUCAUGUCGCAACAACACGACUGUCAGAUUUCACCGCCGAGGCAACAAUUGUGCUCCUAUUGUUAACCACACAGUCAUUCGCGUAUAUGUGAUAAAAAACGCCAGUUCUGUUGAACUUGCAUCGGAGUACCAUCUGCUAAUACGAACUAUGGAGAAUAAGCGAGAGACGUCAAAAGAAAGGGAAGCGGAGGUGGAGAGGAGGCGGGUGGCACGGGAGCUCCGGCAUAAGGAGCGGGACGAAAUAGAGAAAAGACAAAAGGAAGAGGAGAGAAAAGAAGAGGAGAGAGAGAGAAAAGGUCGCGAGCAGACGCGAGACAAGAAAGAGGUGAAAAAUAUCGAUGGUCCAAAAACCGCCGCGGCGAUUACAAGAAAGGGGGUGGCGCGAAAGGCGCCAAAGACGCCAAAGGCACCAAAGGCACCAAAGGCAACGGCGGCGGGGGGGAGUCAGCCCGACCCCAAUUUUAUGGCCUUGCUGGAGCCGCCGGAUGGUUACAGUCCAGUCAUAUUAGCAAUCCGCUUUGCUUCGGUGGGAGAUAGGUUGGGCGAUUUUUUCACAAGCUCAUUUCACCCCCACGAACACACCCCUAAGUCGUCUUUUGAGACUAGGCCCGGGUUGAGCGUCAAAUAA